UUCUUCAUACGUGCUAACUUAGCGUAUUAAAUGCAUCUUUAACAUCGGCAUAUUUUGUUUCUCUGAAUAAUAUGAAUAUUUCGAUGCAUGAAAUCUUUCGAGAAAGACUUACUAAGAUCGCAAGUACUUUCAUUUUCACUUUGAGAUUGUUGACAUAGGGGUCAUACUUCUGCCAUGUGUGCAGAAACAUUUUAUAAAUGACGUAGAAAACAGGACUUAUUCAACGUACCAACUAAAAACUUACUUUUGCUUAACGCCAUCAACUGAUUUAACUUCAUGUAGACGUUUGUCAAUAUGACCUAAUUCCUGAUCCUGUUGUCCUAUAUCUUACCUGACUGUCGGGUCACAAAUUUUUGUUGUUGCUGGAAUUUUUCUAAAAUGAGGAGACGAUUUUUAGGAGCGUUUCGGAAUAUUCAAACGUGUUCUGGUUACCCAGCCACCGGGAGGAUCGUAGGAAGGCGAACACAGUUCACAACGUGCCUGGAGCAGGAGACUGAGGAAGAAAAACCCACUGUGUCCGAACCUAAAGAAAAGAAGACAUCAGUAUUGACAGAUUUAUUUGGGAGACACCACAACUACCUCAGAAUAUCAAUAAGUGAGCGAUGCAACUUACGGUGCCAGUACUGCAUGCCAGAGGAAGGGGUGGACUUAACACCCAAGGAGCGGAUUCUGUCCGGCAAGGAAAUAAUACGCAUUGCAGAAUUGUUCAUGAGACAGGGAGUAAACAAGAUCCGCCUGACUGGAGGAGAGCCUUUAGUGCGAGCCGACCUUGUGGACAUCGUUCGGGGGAUAAAUUCCUAUGGUUCUCAACAUGGUUUGCAGACAAUAGCUAUGACGACAAAUGGAGUAACACUGGGAAGGAAAUUGCCUCUACUGAAGGAAGCUGGCCUAAAUUUGAUAAAUAUCAGUCUGGAUACCCUAAUUCCUGCAAAGUUUGAGUUUAUCACAAGGAGGAAGGGGUGGGACCGAGUGAUGAAAAGCAUUGAUGUUGCACUGGAUUUGGGAUACAGUCCAGUGAAAGUGAACUGUGUGGUGAUGAGAGGAGUGAAUGAGGAGGAAAUAGUGGACUUUGUCAAUCUGACAAAGGACAAAAAUGUGGAUGUUCGGUUUAUUGAGUACAUGCCGUUUGAUGGAAACAGGUGGAACUUUAAGAAGAUGGUGUCCUAUGCUGAAAUGAUUGACACUAUAAAAUCGAGCUAUCCAGACCUCCAACGAAUGUCCGAUCAGGCUAAUGAUACUUCAAAAGCCUACAAAGUUCCAGGACAUGUUGGACAGUUAGGGUUCAUCACCUCCAUGAGCGAACAUUUCUGUGGAUCCUGCAAUAGGCUCCGCGUCACCGCUGACGGAAACUUGAAGGUGUGCUUGUUUGGGAAUGCUGAAGUGUCUUUGAGAGACCUCCUCCGUGGAGAAGCAGAGGAUGAGGAAAUAUGGCAGGUCAUUGAGGAGGCUGUCAAACGCAAGAAAAAACAGCAUGCAGGGAUGUUUAACCUAUCCAAAAUGAAAAACAGGCCUAUGAUUUUAAUAGGGGGAUAAAGCUACCAACCGUCUACGGGCAUCUAAUGAUGAAGGGGCAGUUUUAUUAUCUACACCAUUAUAAAACUGUGAAUCUGUGAUAUUAGUUGCAAGAUCUAACUCGAUCAUAAAUACAGUCACUGUGGUAUAUUGGAAUGUACACAUAUGUCCACAAUUAAAAGUUUCAUCCAUCAAGGGAUUUGUGGUGCUAAUCAUGUAUUUGUUUUGAAUUCCCAAACAUGAUUCAUUUAAAUGCUUUACAUCAUUCCAGUGUAUACCAGAUGUAUGUGUCAAAGAUUUGUACUUGGUGCAUUUUAUAUUAUAAUCGUAUUAAAUUUUUAUUCCACAGAUCCUAUGUCCCUGAAAAUUUGAUAUUAUUUAUUACAAUUAUUGAAUAAUGUUGAUUAUUAUUGAAUUUUUAAAAAAUGUAUUUGAAUUCAUGAAUCGAAAAUCAUCAGUGAUUUAAUGAUGGACAUAGUUUACAUUUGUAAUGUAUUUGCCUUUCAAGGCUUUGAUAAUUUACAAAUUGUAAUGGUAGAUAGCUGUAUCCUCGAGAAUGUGCUGCAGUGCCGCUUCAUGUCGGCAUACUUUUCACGAAGCCCUAACACGCUUCCUGAUCAUUAAAUGAAGUAUGCUGUCGUGAAGCAUCACAGUUCACGCCGGUAUGAAAUAUAUUUCUUAAUUGAGUUUAUAGAUCUGUUAUGGUAGAUUUUACUGAUCACAGGUUGUAGAAGAUAGUAGAUUGUACAAUGGGAAUCAUGUUUCUACCCCACCCCCCACCCCACCCCCAACAUAUUGGCCCUAUCUAUCUUUCUUGCAGCAAUUAUAAUUUUUUGUGAAACAAGACCACUCUGAACAAACAAAAUCUUCAUCAUAUAAUAAUAUGUAGUUUAAUAAAACAGGUCAAAAUUAAAUUGCAAUGCAUCAGGGCUAUAAAUGAAAAUUAAGAUCCCAAUAUGCAGUAUGUAGGCUAGUCUAAUUGAUCUAUACAUGCAAUGCCAUAUAAUAUUUCAAAUAUAAAAAUCUUAAGGGUAGAUAAUAUCUCAUAUUAUGAGAACUGUACUUGAUGAACGUUGAGUUUGAAACUUAGAAAGCUCCACUGAUUUUUACCACAUGUCUUGAAAUCACUCUUGCGGUAAAAUAUCGUACAUGUAUUAAGAAAAAUUUUCCUGAUUGAAGCAUGGAAACUAAUAUAUUUGAAUUGAAAGAUUCACGGGUGCUUGUGGACAGGACUCCCCCAAAAUCCUUGUAUUUUGCAAUGUCAAAUGCCCUGGGUUAGCAUAUAUUUUUCACAAAAUUUACUGAAACAGAUCCACAUGGAAGCAGUUUUUAAAUCAUAAAGGUAAACAGUCAUAUCCUUGAUCAUAAUAGAUCUCGACACAAAAUGGUUUUUAUGUGGAAUUUGUUUAUUUCAUUGAAUAUAAAAACACCCUAUAGUUAAAUAUUUUGUGAAAAAUAUACACUUAUUAUACCCUAGGCAUUGAACAUUAAAAAAUACGAGGGGAGGGGGUGUGUGUCCACAAGCAACUAUAAAAAGUUUUUAAAAUUUCUGCAUGGACAGAUUCAGCAUUCCCGGUAUGAAAAUUGACAUGUUCGGUUAUAUAUAAUAAUUAACAUGUUCACUUUCCAGGUAUAUAUAUUAAUUAACAUGUAUGAAUUGACAUUUUCGGUUAUAUAUAAUAAUUAACAUGUAUUUUUGGAGUUGGAAAUUUUUUAGAUUUGAUCCCUGAAAGGUAGCAAAUUAUAUUCUGUGGCUGCAUUAUAAAAAUACAUGUACACUUAGAUGAUAUAGUUUGUUGUUUAGAAUAUUUUUGGAAUGUAUAGUUUUUGUGGAUUUUUCUUAUCUGCAAAAUGUAGACAACUGCGGAAUAUACCGGUAUAAUUCAAUAGUUGACAGGAGGGUUUUGAGGUUGUGAAAUUAUCGACCAUUAGCAAAGCCUGUGAUACAUUGGUAUCAGUAUUUAAUGGUGGAAGAUGUCAGUGAAAUAUAUCACAUUGAUGAAUUUAGAUAAUUGAUAUUUUAUAUAUAUUUAUUUUUUAUUGCUCAUGAUUAAUUGCACUGCGAGUGUUUAAGUGGCAUGGCACAUUAAUUAUUAUAUAUAAAACAUUUGUAUACAUAGAGAAUUAUAAUCCUUUAACAUUUUCAUGAAUUUGAAAGGCAUUAUGAAGAUAUUAUUCAAGAUUAUACAUUUAUUGCAUGAUAGUGAGGGAGAUAUGAAGAUUUAUUCACCCAAGAAAAGUCAUAUUCCCCGAGGGCAACGCCCGAGGGGAAUAUGAUUUUUCUUGGGUGAAUAAAUCUUCAUAUCUCCCAAACAUUCAUGCAAUAAAUUGUUUAUUAUACCGAAACAAAGCAAGACCACAAAAUUGCAUUUGAGAUUGGAGUCCGCUCAUCUAUACGUUGUACAUGUAUGUAGCUGAGAUUGCCCUAACGGUAACACCACGCCUCAAUGAAUUAGAAGGUACAAACAGCGAAAUACAGUGAUAUGAUAACCAGUUUUUGUUUUACCAUUCUCCUUGAAUGCUCAUUUGCUUGUUUUUGUAUCAACCAAAAUCAGGGGAUUUAACUGUGUAUCAGAGAACCGCAUGUUUUGUGCCUUAGGAAUUAUGGAAGUAGAAUGACUCGGACUUAUUGAGACGUCACAAUACAUUUCGUCGUCUUUGACGUUAAAUUUAUGGAAAAUACACAAGGCUGCCCAAGCGGUAAAUAUGAUAGGGAGAUAUGAUGUUUGAGAGGGAGAUAUGAAGUUUUGUUAUCCAUGGCAUGUGACCGUCUAGACCAAUCUGAUUACUCAUUGCAUAGAAUUCUCAUACUGAGGUAUAAUAAUUUCUUUUAUUUUUAACACUUAGCAAAUAUACAAGUAUGAAAACUAAUGUUUUUCUCUUCAAUACUGCUUUAUAUACGUGUAUUAAUUUACAUCAAAGUUUGCUGUAUUAUAGCGAGGACAUUUUGGAACGAUCUUUAUGAAAUUUAUCCUUUUAUCCUCAAUAUUGGUAAAAUAUACAACACCGGUUAUAACAUACAUUGUAUAUUCAUGUGAUGACCAGUGGCAAUGACAUUCGUAAUUUGAUGAUUUGCAUUUUAUAUUAUGCUGCCAUGAUGGGUUAUUAAUGAUUAUGAUUAUUUGUAAUACAUGUAUAUAUAUAUUUCAUAUUAUAUAUUUAACAUCUAUUAUAUUUUCUAUAAACAAAACAAAUAAAUCCUAAGUGGUAGUGCUCUGA